AUGUGCCCGAUAAAACACAAACAAAAGCACCACCACCGCCGUAGCGCCCCCGCGACCUCAAAUACGGCCGCCGCUACUGCCACAGUGGAAGACUGGAGAGACGAAUCGAUAAAUGGGGGAUCCUUAAAACACGUGGACCUCCAGAAUGGAUCCAACGGCUGGGCCUCUCCACCAGGCGAAGUAUUCUCUCUUCGGGGCCCCAAUUAUUUUGCCAAGAAAUCCAAAGUGCCGGCUGGCGAUUGGUUGCUGAACUCGGCCGGAGUCGACUGGCUACGAUCCAAUUCCAAGAUCGAUCAUGUUCUCUCCAGGCCCGAUAACCGUGUAAUGGCUGCUUUGAGAAGCUCGAAAACCCUAGAAAAAUCAUCCAAAACCUUCAUUCUCGCGGUAAAUUUACAGGUUCCGGGCCGGGAUCAUCACAGUGCGGUAUUUUAUUUUUCAAGUAAAGUGGAUGAGCCCAUUGAUCCAAAUUCACUACUUCAUCAAUUCAUUCAUGGGUCCGAUGCAUUUAGGGAUAGUAGAUUCAAGAUAGUGACUAAAAUUGUGAAGGGACCUUGGCUUGUGAAAACUGCUGUGGGGAAUUAUUCCGCUUGCUUAUUGGGUAAAGCUUUAAAAUGUUAUUACCAUAGGGGACCGAAUUAUUUGGAAAUAGAUGUUGAUAUUGGUAGCUCAGCUAUUGCCACAGCGAUUUUGCGCCUUGCUUUGGGAUGUGUCACGGCGGUGACUGUGGACAUGGGGUUUCUGGUGGAGUCGCAAUCUGAGGAGGAGUUGCCUGAGAGAUUGUUUGGGGCGGUGAGGAUUUGUCAAAUGGAAAUGAGUUCUGCAACCUUUGUUGAUAGUGCUACGCCUUCCAGUAAAGUCUUGCCAAUGGAUAGUGGAGGAAGUGAAAAUGAAGAUGUUUAG